GGCCGCUAACCCGGAAGUAAGGCGGAGUUUAUCUCUGAUGUGUCCACAUGUUCUGUUUCUUACACAUGAUGGCUAAUGUUAGAGGAAUAUACAACAAGGCAUAGAAGGGAAAUGUAAACCGGAGAAAUCCAAUAACCAGUUAAAGACACACUUACAAGAUGCUGAGCGAUUCUGAGGCCGCAGAGCUGCUCUCCUUUCUGAGCCCCGGUACGCGUCCUGAUGUCAAAGGUCGGGCCACAGAGUGCAUCCUGGGACUGUCUGGACACAGGGAUGGCUGUCGCUUCCUCCGCUCUAAACCUGACUUAAUUGUUGCCUUGUUUGCGCUGACCUCUGACCCCUCUAUCGCCAUAGUGAAAGACUGCUACUUCAUCCUCAUCAACCUGUCAGCUGACGAGACUCUGCACAAGGUUUUGGUGACAGACGUCAACGUUCUUCCGGUGUUGUUUAAGAACCUUCUGGAUCCAGAGCACCCAUUCUCUGAUCAGAUCUCCAGCAUCCUGUCAAACCUGACCCGCCAUGAGAAGACCUGCAAGACUGUGUUCAAGGUCCUGCAGGAGGAGGAGGUCAGUCUGGCUCAGCUGGUUGACAUCUUCUGUACUGAAGGUUACAACAAGAAGGCUAAACUCCACUACCUCGGUCCUCUGCUGUCCAACCUCACACAGCUGCCUGAGGCCAGGAACUUCGUAAUGGACAAAGAAAGGUGUGUAGUCCAGAGGUUGUUGCCCUUCACUCAGCACCAAUCAGUGACGAGGAGGGGCGGAGUCAUAGGCACGCUGCGCAACUGUUGCUUUGAUCACGCUCAUCAUGAGUGGUUGCUAAGCGACGCUGUGGACAUCCUCCCCUUCCUUCUGCUGCCGCUGGCUGGUCCAGAGGAACUGACAGAGGAAGAAAAUGAAGGUUUGCCCGUGGACCUCCAGUACCUCCCAGACGACAAGAAGAGAGAGGACGACCCCGACAUCAGAAAGAUGCUGCUGGAGACACUCUUACUGCUGACAGCAACGAAAGCCGGCCGACAGACACUAAAAGACAAGAACGUUUAUCCGAUCAUGAGAGAGUUUCACCGCUGGGAGAAGGACGUCCACGCAGCAGCAGCCUGUGAGAAACUGGUCCAGGUGCUGAUAGGAGACGAGCCGGAGCAGGGGAUGGAGAACCUGUUGGAGGUGGAGAUCCCUGAGGACGUGGAGUUAAAACUGAAGGAGGCAGACGCCAAAGAACAGGAGGAGCUGGAGAAAGAGCAGGAGAAGAUGAGACAAGAGGAGGAGGAGGAGAAGAAGAAGAAGAGCGAUGCAGAGCAGACAGACGGCGAACAGGAGAGAGGACUAAUACAAUAAAACUAAUUUUGGACAUUUCUGCCUUCACUGACUCUCCCUUUAAGUGACUUUUUGUUUUGUUGGUUCAGUCAGAAUGAUUUCCACAAAGAGACAGUACACUCUGCAUCAGUGAUUAAAGUUUAAACCCACUUUAAUGACCGUCAUGAGUAUAAAAACAGAAAAGUCAUCAGCUUUUUGUUCUUAUCUCACCACACACUCACUUCCAGUUCAACAGAUACCCAAGCAAAAACCAAAAAAUAAAAUCUGAUAUUAUAGUGCUGCACUGAACCUUAUGUUAACGGAGGUUCAGGUAUUGAUCAUCAGUUUAUAAAUAACUGAGUAAGUUGUUGAUUGAAGCUGUGUUUUCAUUUUGGAGGCUGUGUUUGUAGUAGUACUGAAUACAUGUUCCUGUUAUUUUUGACAACCCCAUUUUAGUCAGUGUGCUAGGCUAAAUAACGGAAACACUUGAUUCAGUCCGGUUUAACAGCUCCACUAACUACAUCCUCCUCCACCUGGGACACAUGGACCAGUUGAUUCUGGUGAUAAUCUGGAGUUACAGUUUCAUGAAAGCUGUCGCCAACAUUGAGCUCAAUAAUGGUAAUGAUGUCUGUCACCUCUGUUUUGUUGUUGAUGAACAUGGAUUCAUUAGCAGACUGCAGCUGGUCUUCAAAAUGAAAGACUCGAUCUUUGACCCGUGGAUCUUGUUGUGUACAGCUGUUAUUGUACUGCACUGUGCAGCAACUCCUCCUCGUUCAACAGGCUAAAUUUAAAUUUUCAAUUUGGCCCUGGAAGACAAAAAAACAUUUAUUUUAUUGAUGAUUGUGGAGAUAAGUCAGAUUUCUCUUUUUUGUACGUGCUUGGGUUUUGUUUAUUUGCAGAAAUACAUCCAGUGGCUGUUAUUUGAUUGAAUUAACUUCCUCUUCUACACAAAUAAAAAGCAAACUGUUUCAGAAAUAUAAAAACA